AUGUCAAGUUAUCUACGUAACUUGAAGCUAUGGCCGCCAUCACAUAUCAUGAUUGUGAACGGCCUUCGGGCAGCUUGGAUAAUCGUCGUCCUUUGGCAUGAAGUUUACACGUUCGACCAUGUCUUACAUGAUUGUCAGUGGCCCGAUAUCUAUCAGCCCGACGCACCCAACGCUCGUAUUGCACGCGUAUUAGUGGUAGCAGAUCCUCAAAUCGUUGACCACCGCUCGUAUCCCAUGCGUAACUCCCUGAUGAAAGCCUUGGGCCAGUUCAUCAUCGAUCUCAACCUCCGGAGGAGUUGGCAUUCAACGAUAAAUAGAGUGCAACCUCACGCCGUUGUUUUCUUGGGUGAUCUCAUGGACAAUGGCCGCGCGACCAUGUCGAAUAGCGAGUACAAUGCAUAUGCUGCGCGAUUCUUCAAUAUCUUCAAGUUGAAGGAUUUGUCCAUGCCGACAUUUUUUCUUCCUGGGAAUCAUGACCUAGGGCUCGGAGAAGAUGUUUCCUUUUCUCUUGAAGCUAGAAUGAGGUACACCUCCCACUUUGGACCAUGGAAUCACAAGACUACGAUUGGAAACCAUACUGUUCUGUUCAUCGAUGCAGUCGCCUUGGUGGAAGAAGAUGUUGUCCGCGCAGACCGAGGAUAUUCGUAUGACAACUGGCCUGCAGUAGCAGGAGGAUCCGUGGACUUCGUGAAGCGGUUUGCUGCGCAUGAGCACGCCAGUCCAGUUGUACUCUUCACGCACAUCCCUCUUGCUCGGCCCCUCGAUGCAGGCUGCGGUCCGCUGCGGGAACGGGGCACUAUCCGCCAGGGGCAUGGCCUUGGGUAUCAGAACACCCUUUCUAAUGAAGCAUCGCAAUUUCUACUUCGCUUACUCGGACCAUCCCUUAUAUUGAGUGGUGAUGAUCACGACUACUGUGAAUAUUCACACCCCUUGCCUUUUCCAUCCGCUUCUGGGUCGACCGCAGCCCGAGAAAUUACAGUGAAGUCGUUUUCAAUGGCAAUGGGGAUACGUCGACCAGGAUUUCAACUUCUCUCGUUGAUUUCAACUGUCCCUGCAAGUGAAACCCUGACCCAAUUGCCAAAUUCACCGCCUUCGCUUCUAGAUACACCUUGUUUCCUCCCGGACCAGCUCGGUAUCUAUCUCAAUGUCUACCUCCCUUUCAUUUUAUUCUCAGUGCUUAGCCUCCUCGCGCUUAAUGUUUACCGAACUCUCCCCGGGGGCAACAAACAGGCACAACGCCAGCCCGAGUUCUCUCUUCGACCCAGCCACAGCUUCUGUCGUACAAGUAACGAUGAGCUAUAUCGACGUUCGCUCGAGCAAAGUGUCACGGAAGAUACCGACGAAGAUCCAAUGCUACUUCUUCCUGUGACUAAAUCUACAGAGCCGGCGCCCUCCAGCAAACUCCGCGGCAGAUCCUCGUCUUCUUCCAAUUCAUGGGCCUUCUAUCUUCUAGGGCGGCGAAGACGCAUAUCGUUGUCCCUGCCGUGCUCAAUGGCAAACCGCGGAGUGCAUGAGGUGGGACUCCUUCGUGGUUUUCUCAGUGAUGUGGCGGACGUGGCGUGGCCUCCUCUUCUGGUGUUUUGCAUUGCGGCAUGGUGUACGACACACGUGAUGCCCUGGUAG